UUGACAAUGUCAGUCCUCGCUGGUAGGAGAGACUAAAACUCCUCUGAGCAACCGAAGUUCCCGUAUUCAGUUGAAGAUGGCUGUGGUGUGACCGGAGUAGUUGCUUCUCCCCCAUCCACCUCCCACCUCCCACCUCCCACCCUCAUGCUCUCAGAUUUGUUAGAAACAGUGGCACCUUCCGACCCCACCCAAACCGCCACCUGUUCCUUCCCGCCCUGGACUGUGUGAACCUAGAAGACUCCCGGCAAUGCUGGACUGCGGUGCCUUUGCUCUAGACUCGAGAAUGAACAAUCCGUCAGAAAACGGUAAAGCGCCUCUGGAGAGCGGGGACAGCAGCACAGGCACACAGACGAACGGCCUGGACUUCCAGAAGCAGCCGGUGCCCGUCGGAGGCGCGAUCUCCACAGCCCAGGCCCAGGCUUUCUUCGGACACCUCCACCAGGUGCAGCUCGCCGGCACGGGUCUGCAGGCUGCUGCCCAGUCCUUAAAUGUGCAGUCUAAAUCCAGCGAGGAGACGGGGGACGCCCAGCAGCCCAGCCAGCCCUCCCCGCAGCCGUCGGUGCCGGCAGCCCUCCCGCAGACCCAGCUCAUGCUGGCCGGAGGGCAGAUCACCGGGCUCGCUCUGACGCCGGCCCAGCAACAGCUGCUGCUGCAGCAGGCCCAGGCCCAGGCCCAGCUGCUGGCCGCCGCCGUGCAGCAGCACUCCGCCAGCCAGCAGCACGGCGCCGCGGGGGCCAGCAUCUCCGCCUCCGCCGCCACGCCCAUGACGCAGAUCCCCCUGUCGCAGCCCAUUCAGAUCGCACAGGACCUGCAGCAGCUCCAGCAGCUCCAGCAGCAGAACCUCAACCUGCAGCAGUUCGUGCUGGUGCACCCGACCACCAACCUGCAGCCCGCACAGUUCAUCAUCUCCCAGACGCCCCAGGGCCAGCAAGGUCUCCUGCAAGCGCAAAACCUUUUAACGCAACUACCUCAGCAAAGCCAAGCCAACCUCCUGCAGUCGCAGCCCGGCCUCGCGCUCACCUCCCAGCCAGCAACCCCGACACGCACAAUAGCCGCAACCCCGAUUCAGACACUUCCACAGAGCCAGGCGACACCAAAGCGCAUCGACACUCCCAGCUUGGAGGAGCCCAGUGACCUUGAGGAGCUCGAGCAGUUUGCCAAGACCUUCAAGCAAAGACGGAUCAAACUGGGAUUCACUCAGGGCGACGUUGGGCUCGCGAUGGGCAAACUGUACGGGAACGACUUCAGCCAGACCACCAUCUCUCGCUUCGAAGCCUUGAACCUCAGCUUUAAGAACAUGUGCAAGUUGAAGCCCCUGCUGGAGAAGUGGCUCAAUGACGCAGAGAACCUCUCGUCCGAUUCCGCCCUCUCCAGCCCCAGCGCCCUGAAUUCUCCGGGGCAGGGCAUCGAGGGCUUGAACCGCCGGAGGAAGAAACGCACCAGCAUAGAGACCAACAUCCGUGUGGCCUUAGAGAAGAGUUUCCUGGAGAAUCAGAAGCCUACCUCGGAGGAGAUCACCAUGAUCGCUGAGCAGCUCAACAUGGAGAAGGAGGUGAUCCGCGUGUGGUUCUGCAACCGCCGCCAGAAGGAGAAGCGGAUCAACCCGCCCAGCAGCGGCGGGACCAGCAGCUCGCCCAUCAAGGCGGUUUUCCCCAGCCCGACCUCACUGGUGGCGACCACGCCAAGCCUUGUGACCAGCAGCGCGGCCACCACCCUCGCCGUGAACCCCGUGCUCCCUCUGACCAGCGCCGCGGUGACCAGCCUCUCAGGCCCAGGCACCGCCGACGCCUCCUCCAACAGCACAGCGACUGCGACCGUGAUUUCCGCCGCCCCCGCGGCCGCCCCCGCCGUCUCGCCCCCCUGCCUGAGCCCCUCCCCGUCCGCCUCGGCCUCGGCCUCUGAGGCCUCCAGCGCCGGUGAGACCAGCACGACACAGACCGCCUCCACCCCUCUGCCCUCUGCACUCGGGACGGGCCAGGUGACCGUGACGGCGGCGGGGCUCCAGACAGCCACGGCCACCGCCCUGCCCGGAGCCACGCAGCUGCCGGCCAACGCCAGCCUCGCCGCCAUGGCCGCCGCCGCGGGGCUGAGCCCGGGCCUCAUGGCCCCGUCGCAGUUCGCAGCUGGAGGUGCCUUACUCAGCCUCAACCCAGGGACCCUGGGCGGCGCGCUCAGCCCGGCUCUGAUGAGCAACAGCACACUGGCGACUAUUCAAGCUCUGGCGUCGGGCGGCUCCCUCCCGAUCACAUCGCUGGACGCGACCGGGAACCUGGUCUUCGCCAACGCGGGAGGAGCCCCCAACAUCGUGACCGCCCCUCUGUUCCUGAACCCCCAGAACCUCUCUCUGCUCACCAGCAACCCGGUCAGCCUGGUCUCCGCCGCUGCCGCCUCCGCGGGGGGCUCGGGGCCCGUCGCCAGCCUCCACGCCGCCUCCACCUCCUCCGAGCCCGGCCCGAACUCGCUCUUCCCGGCGGCCUCCGCCGGUGGGGCCGCCGCCUCCACCACCACCGCCGCCUCCAAGGCGCAGUGAGCGCCGCCUCCUCC